AGGAUAAACUGGAUGGGGAUCAUUUUGUUGCUUCUUGUAAAAUUAUAAACAAUAAAAUACCCAUUCAAACUCACGCACUGAUCGAUACCGGUUGCUCCGGAUUCGCAUUCAUUGAUGAAACAUUCGCGCGCCAUAACAACUUCCCAUUUCUCCCCCUUAAAUCACCCCGCACUCUUGAAGUCAUCGACGGUCGGCCCAUAUCUUCUGGACAAAUUACCCACCUCUGCUAUCUGCCGCUAUCCAUUGACUCCCACCAUGAAACUACCCCCUUCUUUGUUACCAAACUCGGCUCGUACCCACUCGUCCUCGGAAUCCCCUGGCUUCAAUUGCACGAUGCAACAUUACGGUUCAAGGAUAAUAGCAUACUAUUCGACUCCGAGUACUGUAAACGCAAGUGCAACUCUUCCCCGAUACCCGUUCCUAUUAGAGGGGUUGCACCACCGCCCCGUUUUCACCUCGUCAGUUCAGCUGCUCUUUGUCGCUUUGCUCGGAGAGACAAACUCCAAAUCUUUAGUACAACUAUUGAGGAAAUAGAUCAAGCAACGGGCGAGGCCCCUAAGCAAGACUGGAGGAACCGGGUCCCAACCCGGUAUAAGAGAUUUCAUAAAAUGAUGGACGAAGAAUUCGCCAAAGAGAUGCCACCUCGCCGCCCCUAUGAUCAUAAGAUACCGCUCAAGGGAGAGAAAGAGCCCCCUUUUGGGCCGCUUUAUGGUAUGUCCCGCGAAGAACUCAUUGUGAUGAAACAAUACAUACAGGACAACCUUCAAAAGGGGUUCAUUCAGGCCAGCUCUUCGCCUGCCGGUGCCCCUGUCCUAUUUGUUAAAAAGGCCGAUGGAACACUCCGCCUCUGUGUCGACUAUCGUGGCCUCAACGAACUUACUGUCAAAAAUCGCUACCCGCUGCCACUCAUCCGGGAAACUCUCGACCGCCUUUCCAAAGCCAAGUGGUACACCAAACUUGACCUUCGCCAAGGGUACAACCAGAUCCGAAUGGCUGAGGGUGAAGAAUGGAAAACAGCCUUCCGAACGCGUUACGGACAUUUCGAAUACACCGUAAUGCCCUUCGGCCUUACCAAUACACCAGCCACCUUUCAACAUUUCAUUAAUGAUUGCGUCCGUGAUUACCUUGAUAUGUUCUGCACAGCCUACCUUGACGAUAUCCUUAUUUAUAGCGACACCUUCGAGGAACAUCAAGUACACGUCGAAAAGGUCCUGGAAGCCCUACAAAGGAAUGGAGUACUGCUGAAACCGGAGAAAUGUGAAUUUCAUACACAAAGCACCACCUAUCUCGGCCUGAUUAUCGAACCCAAUGGUAUUAAAAUGGACCCAAAGAAAGUGGAGACGGUGAAGAAUUGGACCGUCCCCAAAACAGUUAAGGAUGUACAAGCAUUCCUAGGUUUUGCUAACUUUUACCGCCGAUUCAUACGCGGGUUCUCGGAAAUGGCUUCUCCUCUUACCAGACUGACACGUAAGGAUAUAUCAUUUGGAUGGACAUCCGAAGCCCAAACCGCCUUCAACGCCCUGAAAGGAGCCUUUACCACGGCGCCCAUUCUUACUCAUUUCGACCCGGAGAAGGAAAUUACUGUGGAAACCGACGCAUCUGACUAUGUCUCCGCCGGUGUACUCUCCCAAUACGAUGACAAUGGUAUCCUCCGACCUGUUGCAUACUUCUCGAAAAAGCACUCCCCCGCCGAAUGCAACUACGAGAUUUACGACAAGGAAUUACUGGCAAUCAUUCGGUCUUUUGAGGAGUGGCGACCGGAACUUGAAGGGGCUGCACACCCAAUCGCCGUCAUAUCCGAUCAUAAGAAUCUCGAAUACUUUAUGAGGACCAAACAACUCAACCGGAGACAAGCACGGUGGGCAGAAUACCUGUCACGGUUUGACUUUGUUAUCAAAUACCGACCAGGGAAACAAGGAGGGAAACCGGACGCGUUGACAAGAAGAUCAGGAGAUCUCCCUGGAGAGGGGGAUGAAAGACAAUUACAUCAGAGUCAAGUCGUGUUGAAGAAGGAGAAUCUCGAUGCAAAGCUAAGUUUGUUGGCGGGUUCUUUCUCAAACGAGCCCGCUGAAAAGAACGCCUCACUGCAGGAAUUAUUCGAUGAAGGAUAUAGCGCUGACCCGUUUCCCCAAAAGAUACUGGAUAUGCGGGAUAAAGGCGAUCGACAAUCAAAGGAUAUAUCACUCGCCGAAUGCACCGAGGUUGAAGGCCGAUUGCUGUACCGAGGCAGCAUAUAUGUCCCCGAUUACGACCCUCUUAAGCUUCGAAUCCUCCAACUUUACCAUGACGCUGCCUCUGCUGGACACCCGGGACGCGAAAAAACAUUCGAACUCGUCAGCCGGGACUACUACUGGCCCCUCAUGCGAAAUUAUAUUGCCCGCUACGUUCGGAACUGCCACACCUGUCAACGAAGCAAACCCAAUACCCAUGGAAAGCUCGGCGUACUUCGACCUUUACCGAUUUCCGAACAACCAUGGCAGGAGGUAUCGAUGGACUUCGUUACUGGCCUACCGGAAAGUGAAGGGUACGAUGCAAUUAUGGUAGUGGUUGACCGGCUAACGAAGAUGCGACAUUUCCUGCCCUGCAAUACUACUGUCAAUUCCGAAGACGUCGCCCGACUAUACCUGCGAAAUAUAUGGAAGCUCCACGGGCUACCCACACACGUCACCUCCGACCGCGGUACGCAAUUUACAGCUAAGUUUUGGAAGGCUCUUUGUAAACACCUCAACAUCGAGGCAAGGAUUUCCACCGCCUUCCACCCGGAGACCGACGGCCAAACCGAAAGGCUGAAUGCUGUCAUGGAGCAAUACCUACAAUUCUCCGCCAACAAUCAGGUCUCCGCAUCCACUAAAGCUACGCCAUUCUUCGCGAACUAUGGAUUCCACCCCCGGUUCACAGUGACGAUUAAAUCGCUUGACAGGACACCACCGAGUCUCAAUGCUAAAGACUUCGCCUUGAAGAUGAAAGAACUCCAUGAGUACCUACGUUCCAACAUCCGCACGGCACAAGAUCAACAAGAGCAGGCCGUCAACACCAAACGAACGCCGGCUCCACGGUACGAUAUCGGCGAUAUGGUGUUUGUUUCAGCAAAAAACAUCCGAACCACGCGUAACUCCCGGAAGCUGGACUGGAAGAAGCUGGGACCGUUCCCCGUUAAACAAAUUAUAUCACCCUAUGCGUAUCGAGUCGACCUGCCUAGGAGUAUGAAGAUGCACCCUGUCUUCCACGUAUCAUUGCUAGACCCCGCUGCAAACGAUCCUGUACCGGGGCAAAUUCAACCACCACCCCCACCGGUUAUCGUCGAGCAAGAGGAGGAGUAUGCAGUUGAGGAAAUCUUGGACUCGCGAGAAACACGGAAUGGUGGCCUGCAGUACUUUGUUAAAUGGACAGGCUAUACCGACCCUACCUGGGAACCCGCCGCAUACCACGAUAAUACCGCCGCCGUCGAUAUCUUCCAUACAUAUUACCCCGACAAACCUGGACCGUCGGAAGGCAAGAUUAAGGUUAAGGCUCGCAGGAGCUCGCGCUUGAAGGGGGGGGCUACUUUCAUGGAUCGACUAGUGGAGGUACGGGGUUACGGAGAGUUGUAUUAG